AUGAAAAAAGUUGAGGUGGAGGGAAGCCCACACCUAUGUCUUUUUGCUCUAAAAGACAUAAAGGACGGUGAAGAAAUUACGUAUGACUACGGAGGCAAUGACUGCCCAUGGCGAAUAAAAAAUAUUACUCAUCCUGCAAAGAGCUCCCAUCCUGCUGUCAUGUCUGAGAAACGGAUGGAAGAAGCUCCUUCUCCACAGGACACUCCUCAACAGAUGACAUUGUGUGCCAUUGAUACUCAUCCUGCAAAGAGCUCCCAUCCUGCUGUCAUGUCUGAGAAACGGAUGGAAGAAGCUCCUUCUCCACAGGACACUCCUCAACAGAUGAAAGACACAUGUCUAGAAGACACAGAACUCUAUGACAGCACAUCAGUCAGUGAAGAUGAGUAUGUUCCAGAUUCCUGCACGGACUCUGAGGACAGUGAUGCUAGCAUUGGUGUCACCCCAAGAACACGCCUGCAUCUUUCUUCUCGAAACUCUGGCUCAUAUAUGCCCAAUGAAUGUGACACCACAACACCUGAACUGGACACCAGCUUCGUUGUAUCUGAACUCUCUGUAGAGGAAGAACCCUGCUCUGACCUCUCUGUAGCGGAAGAACCCUGCUCUGACCUCACUAAAACAUUAUGGGUAGUGAUGAGGAAGAGGGAUGCAGACAGGAUGGAGAUCGUUCAUUUGCUGUUGAUGAACCAUCAGAUGAGGAAACUGUUGCAGGUGCUGUGGGGAAUGAAAACUCAACAGGCAAGCAACACAGACGCCCAACAGCAAAGCAUGGCGCAUCUUCUGGAGUCAAUCCUGUGGCACAUUCCUCUAAAGGUGAUUUUUUAA